ACGAUAACAGUGGCUUCAAUGGAGGACAGAAAUUCGAUCAACGACAUUAGCCACCAGUGCGUUUCUGUUCCUCCGCUCCGGAAGACGGAAGGUUUUCUACGUUGGCUUGGUGGAAGCUGCUGUGUACGCGUGCUAAUGCUGUGAGAAAAAUGUGACAAGUGGCAAAACCGGUGCAAUGUAACGUGUAAGAUCACCGAUCUACACCCGAACCGAUUAACAAAGUGACAGCUCAUCAAUCGAUUUCGACAACAAUCGAACGCUGAAACGAAACAAUACACUCGGAAAAUACUUCCGCUGAAGUGUAUAUCACAAUGAGGGAAAAAGGUUACGACUCGAAUACUUUUCGUACAGUGGUAUGCGUUAUACUGCUUACGACAAAGCUUUCCGCAGUAGUGUUAGCUAGCGGCAGUGAAGGUGGUAGUAAAUUCUGUCCAAAAAUAUGUAGCUGUGAUGUGAUUGAAGAUCUAAAACGGGCAGACUGUAGCAAUGAAAAGCUUAUCAACACCUACACCGACGUACCGUACGAUGUGGAAAUUCUUGAUCUUAGCAUCAACAUCAUAUCAACGAUCGAAAAUGAAAACUUCAUGCACUACGACAAUUUGGUUAAACUGUUCCUAUCGGAAAAUUCAAUUCAAACGAUUUCACUCGACGCUUUUGCAAAUCAACAACGACUUACUACACUCGACUUGUCCUACAAUCGGCUGGAGCACCUAAACGAGCACCUGUUUGAGCGAAAUCUGCAGCUAGUGGAUUUAAAUCUUUCCGGCAAUAAUUUUAUGAUGUUGCCAAACGCACCAUUCCUGAAAAGCUACUCCAUAAUGUUUCUCCAUCUCGCCAGCUGCCGUAUACCGCACGUGUUCGAUACCAUGUUCAUCGAUCUGCCGAAUUUAAAGUCUUUGGAUCUGGCGAAGAACAUCAUGAACAGCCUAUCUACCGUGCCUUUCGCACAUCUGCGCAAAUUGAACUCACUCAACUUGAUGGAUAACCGGUGGGAUUGCAAAACAGAAGACGUACGCAGCACGGUACGAUGGAUGAAAACGAGAGUGCCAACGUUAAUCGUGGAUAGUUGUCUACUCUCAGACCUCAGCUAUAAGGGCGAUCGAUUUGAGCGAAUUAUGGAAGAUCCUGCACUGCAGGAAAAAAAGAAUUCCCGCCAAGACGUCGCGAUUGAGCACGUUUGGGGCACAUCAAAACCAUCGCUAUCUAGAGACGGCGGAGAGCUUCACUGGCCGCUCUUCAUGAAUCGCAGCUGCUCUUACACUGAGCUGGAAGAUGAUCUAUCGAAAGAAUCUUGCGUACAGUUUGCCGAAUGUCAAAAAAAGUACAGCGAGCUGUACCACGCGCACAAACAGCUACUAUCGCGUAAGAAGGCGCAAUGUGGUGGAUACUUUCGAAUCGGUGUAUUCAUUGGUGGUGCCUUAGUAGGAUUACUAGUGGGUUCGUUCACGACGUACACUGUAAGCUGGGCAGUGCGAAGCUGUCGCAAUCGAUCGGCACGCAAACGGGCACACCAAAUCCCCGAUCAUAAACGCCUGCAGCGGGAGCUAACACGAGAAAUUCGUGGUCGAAAUCAGUUCGAACACACCCGUUUGAACGAAUCGCCAGUUUUCGCGCGCAAUGACCGCUUUCCAGCCAGCUCGGCACCACUGCAGGAUGAAAUCUAUCGCAAUCAUGAGCACACACGUCAAUUUUUAGUCAACCUGUUCUCCAAACGGCAGCACCGGUACGUGCGGAGCAACUCUCAGCUUGCAAACAUUAACAACCGAUAUAUCCCGCCAACACAAACCCGCGACGAGCCGCGGGAAGCGGUCAAUGUGGUGCAGCGUGUUGCUUCCGAUGCAGAACCUUUGUGGGAACAGUACAGCUCCCACAACCAAUCAGAACAAGAACAAAUGCUAUCGAAUGAUCCGGAAGCUUCCUUUGGGCUGAGUGGCGAUCAGCAACCAACCUGGAUUAGUAUCCGGCCAAACGGCAAUGGUACGCUAACACGAAGCCCACGGUUACGCCAUGAUGUACCAACAGCGGGUGAAAGUCCACCGCCGCCAUAUGUAGAAUGUACGUUAGAAACAGAACCAAAUGCAGAGAGAGUGAGUAUGUACUAAAGAUAGCUUUAAUUUGCGAUAUUACAAAUUAAAUGGUUUAUAUAUUAUUUGAAAGAGAGAUUAUCUAAGUAAAACUAAUGUUAGGCAAACGAAGAAAUUGAAUAAAAAUGUAGUAAUUUUUUU